UUUAAAAAACCAUAACAAACAACAAUAACAACAACAGCAAGCAAAACCCCAAGGCUAGAACAUUUAAAGCAAGCAAAAGUUCCCCCCGGGGGAAGCUGGAAGAAGUUUGCAAUUGAAUUGCAAAAGACUGGUGGUGUUUGCAAAGGUGGGGAGUGGAGUGGAGAGCUGCUGCUGCUGCUGCGGGUUAAUUGCACAUUGAAGUGGAAAAUUUUCCGGAGUCAGCAGAAACAUUGUAUCCAAAAAAGACAAAGUCGCAGUUCCAACCAAACGAGGAGCUUGUCCCUGGAAAACUUCCUUUCGAUUUAUUCCCUGAAAGCUUCCAGGCUGAGGCUUGGAAAACCCAGCCGUCACCAUUGAGCCCAGCAGCUGGAGCGGCAGCGAGAGUCCUGCCGAGGACAUAGAAAGAAUGAGCGAUUCUGCAGAUAAACCUAUUGAUAACGACGCAGAAGGUGUCUGGAGUCCAGAUAUUGAGCAGAGCUUUCAGGAGGCACUAGCUAUCUAUCCCCCAUGUGGAAGGAGGAAAAUCAUACUGUCAGAUGAAGGCAAAAUGUAUGGUAGGAAUGAACUGAUAGCCAGAUAUAUCAAACUUAGAACAGGAAAGACACGGACCAGGAAGCAGGUGUCUAGUCAUAUACAGGUCUUAGCAAGGAAGAAAGUUCGAGAAAUUCAAGCCGCCAUUAAGGUGUCUAGUCACAUUCAGGUUCUUGCAAGAAGGAAAUCUCGUGAUUUUCAUUCCAAGCUGAAGGUAACAAGCAUGGAUCAGACUGCAAAGGACAAAGCACUCCAGCACAUGGCAGCCAUGUCAUCAGCUCAAAUAGUAUCUGCAACAGCGAUUCACAAUAAGUUGGGCCUGCCAGGAAUUCCCCGUCCUACGUUUCCUGGAGCACCUGGAUUUUGGCCAGGGAUGAUACAAACGGGGCAGCCUGGAUCUUCACAAGACAUAAAGCCAUUUGUUCAGCAGGCCUACCCUAUACAGCCAACUGUCACAACUCCCAUUUCAGGGUUUGAGCCUGCCUCAGCUCCGGCACCCUCAGUUCCUGCUUGGCAAGGUCGAUCUAUUGGAACAACUAAACUUAGAUUGGUGGAAUUUUCAGCUUUUCUUGAACAACAAAGAGACCCAGAUUCUUAUAACAAACACCUCUUCGUACAUAUUGGGCAUGCCAACCAUUCUUACAGUGAUCCAUUGCUGGAAUCAGUGGACAUUCGUCAGAUUUAUGACAAAUUCCCUGAAAAGAAAGGUGGUUUGAAGGAGCUGUUUGGAAAAGGGCCUCAGAAUGCCUUCUUCCUAGUAAAGUUUUGGGCAGACUUAAAUUGCAACAUCCAAGAUGAAACAGGAGCAUUCUAUGGUGUAACUAGUCAGUAUGAAAGCUCAGAAAAUAUGACAAUCACCUGUUCUACCAAAGUCUGCUCAUUUGGGAAGCAAGUGGUAGAAAAAGUAGAGACUGAAUAUGCACGGUUUGAGAAUGGCCGGUUUGUGUUUAGAAUAAACCGCUCCCCAAUGUGUGAAUAUAUGAUCAAUUUCAUCCACAAGCUCAAGCAUUUACCGGAGAAAUAUAUGAUGAACAGUGUGUUGGAAAACUUCACUAUUUUAUUGGUUGUAACAAACAGGGACACACAAGAAACCCUACUUUGCAUGGCUUGUGUAUUUGAAGUUUCAAACAGCGAACAUGGUGCACAGCAUCACAUCUACAGGCUUGUGAAGGACUGAACAAUUAUUUAUAGACACAUUUCAUUAUAACUCCUUAUAAAAAACACAAGACUGUCAACCUCAACACUAAGUGGCAGUUCCUCUGGCUGAGCUUUCCUCAACAUUUUUUUUCUAAACCUCGUUUUAGUGUGUCAGUUAUAUAUUAUAGCUGUGAAAUUCUGGUACAGUUGUACAAAUUCUUUCUAAAAGUGUUCUUCAGUUUUAUUUUUUAAAAAACACAGUUCUUUAAGGAGACUAUAUUUAAAAUUUUCAGGACCUUUGUGGAAGUUUUAAUUUUUAUUAUUGUGUUGGAAAAAUAUAAGACAGAGCAUUUGCCAUGGGAAAACGUAACAGCAAUUAUAAGAGUUUAUGAGGUGUUUGUCUGAAUUAAUAAAAAUGUGUUUUUAAGA